AUGUCACAGUGUAAAGAGCCAAUGAUUCCUACUGAAGUUCCCAAACUGCCCUGGCAGAUCGUGGCUACAGAUCUGUUCCAGUUAGAUGGUAGAGACUACCUAAUAGUGGUGGACUUUUACAGUCGCUUCAAUGAGAUUGCCCUGCUGGUAAACACGAAAUCAUCAACAGUGAUAACUCAUCUGAAAUCCAUCUUUGCUCGGCAUGGCAUACCUUCCAGGAUCAUUUCAGAUAAUGGACCACAAUACUCGUCAACAGACUUUAGAAGUUUUGCUGAUUCAUGGAACAUUGAACAUGUGACUUCGUCACCACUGUAUCCCCGGGCUAAUGGUCUGGCAGAGAAAUCAGUGCAAACAGUGAAACGACUUCUAACAAAAGCAAAGCAGAGCGGGUCUGAUCCCUACCUGUCGCUGCUUGCCUAUCGGAACACUCCCAUAGGAGACACAGGGUGCUCUCCAUCGCAACUACUCAUGGGUAGAAGACUGCGAGAUAACCUGCCGUGUAAAACCAUCUUGCUGAUACCCGAGACACAAGAAGGUAACAAAGUCUACACAGCUUUGUCAGAUUCCAAGGACAAUCAGAAAUUCUAUUAUGAUCGAUCUGCACACAGCAGAGCUGACUUUCAGAGCGACGAUACCAACAGGAUGAGACAGGGAAGACAUUGGAUUCCGGCAACAGUCACAGGACGAGCUGAAACUCCGAGAUCGUACUAUGUGAAGACAGCAGAAGGUGCAGAGUAUAGGCGAAACAAGAGAGACAUUAUACCUGACGAACAGAAUUCACGACGGGAGGCUCCUAGCCCUCCUGCUAGCACCUCUACUAGUCCAGCUGCUUCUGCAAAGAUAGAGAUAUCAUAUCACAACAUCGACUCCAAUCGCAACUCCUAA